GGAAUGGACUAACCAGCUUCGGGACUCCAGAGCUCGCGGGGCAGGCAAGAGCACCCUGGCAUCUGACGGGCGGUUAGAAGCCGAAGUUAAAGGGAUUACUUUGGCUGUCGAACACAGGAGAUCCUCGGAGCCAAGACGGAUCACCUGGCUGGCGCUGGUCCGACGCCGCUUUCCUCAAACAGCGGAAGGGCCCGCCGCGACACGUCGGCCAACCUUUCACGGCUCGUCGAUUUAACAUGGAGCCAAAAAAUGUUGCGUGAUACCACAGGGCUGGCUUUAAGAUGAGCAGCUAAGGGGUUUGGCAGCGCCGGCCGCGUGUCUUAGUGUGCUGCUGGAAUAUCGCCUCGGAAUUUGUGCUAAUUGUCCUCGAACAGGACUUUGCUGCGUCAGAGAGGAGAUCUCUUUGGGGAUCUUGCUGCUGACAUGCUUUGCGCCGACAGCUUCCCACCCGUCGCAAAUGACCUCCAUCCACUGGGCGCGUCUUACCAAAACUAAAGCCUGGGUGGACCGUCAUUUGACAAGGUGUAAACUGGACUCUAAAACCAAGCAUGGCCAGAGACACCAGUCCUCUGCGCCUCAUGCCCCUGUCUGCAGGGCACCAACAAUGGGGAGGAGCACUUCUGGGAUUUGUCUUCCCAUCUCUCCCACUAUACUCCCUCCUCUUCUACUCCCUCAUGUCUUCUACAACGGCAGCCGGCAAUUUGCCCGGCAUAGAGUAUGACUAUGGCAUCAGCCCCAAGUUUGUUUGCACCCCAAUUCCACCAGAGGCAGAUCCUAGCUGCUACUCCCCGCCCAAUGUGCCCCACGGACCGAGCAAUAACGGCCACAGUAACGGCCCCAACGGCAGCAGCCGGCGAGGCACGAUGUCCGACGAGGCCAAAGCCACCAUCCUGCACCUCCGCGAGAGCCUGGUGAGGCAAAAGGAGACCAUCCUGGACCAGCGAGAGACCAUCAGGGAGCUGACCGCCAAGCUCACUUUGUGCGAGGGCUUUGGCGGUCACCAUAGCAUCGGUCAUCACGACAACCACCACGACAACCACCACGACAACCACCAUGACACCCACCAUGACAACCACCACGACGACCACCACGGCUACCACGGCCCCAACGGUCACCACCCGCCAUCGUCAUCGCACCACGGGCCUUCGUCGUACCACGACAGCGAUCACCACUACCCGCACAGCAGCCACCGGCCGGACUCCCACCACAGGAAGGGCCCGACCUACGGGAAACACGGCUCCUUCUCCCCCGAGCAGACGGGGAAGACGCUGCAGACGCUGAAGGAGAGGCUGGAGAGCUUGCAGGCCCGGAACUCCUCCAGUUCCUACUCCAGCUCUCUCAGGGAGCUCCUGCAGAGGAAGAUCAACGCUCUGGAGGAGCAGCUGCGUAACUACUACCGAAGCCACCGCAACGACAACCACGGACACCACGACGAUCACCACGACGACCACCACGACGAUCACCACGACGAUCACCACGACGACCACCACGACGACCACCAUGACGACCACCACGAUGACCAUCAUGACGACCACCAUGACGACCACCACGGCACUGGCCACCACGACGAUCACCACGAUGACCACCACGGCAACGGCCAUCACGAUGAUCACCAUGACAGUCACCAUGACGACCACCACAGCAACGGCCGCCAUGGUGAUCACCACAACUACUUCCAUGGCAACGGCCACCACGACGAUCAUCACGAUGACCACCAUGGUACAGGUCGCCAUGACGACCACCACAACAGCCGUAAUUACAACAGUCAGCGAUACAACCGUUUCAGCGGUCACAACAAUCACUAUAAUCACCAUUAUGACCACCACUACGAUCGCCACUACGACUGGCAUCAUAGUCGGAAUCACGGUCGCUAUGGCAACUAUCACAGCAACCACCACAACGAUCACCAUGACGACCACCACGGCCUCAGCUACCACGACGAUCAUCAUGGCGGCGGGCAUCACGACGAUCACCACGGCCCUGAUCACCAUGACGAUCACUAUGAUGACCACCAUGGCAACGGCCACCAUGACAACGAUCACCAUGACAACGAUCACCACGGCAAUGACCACCACCCACCACGGCUGCCUUUCAGCAACAAACAGACCGGUCACAGCAAGCUGGACGCGGUGCUAAGCCACCUGCACCACAGGAGCACGGACUCUGGAAACAACAAGAAGCCCAAGAGUCCCACUGCUUUCCAGAUCGACUUCCCCAUGAGGACCAACUACAUGUACGCCCGGAUGAAGCAGCCCAUCGUGAACGAGCUCUUCGGCCUGACCGUCUGCCUGUGGCUGAAGGGCGGCGCGGGCCCCGGCCUCGGCACGCCCUUCUCCUACUCUGUCCCGGGACAGGCCAACGAACUGGUGCUCAUCGAGUGGGGCAACAACCCCAUGGAGCUGCUGAUCAACGACAAGGCGGUGACGUUGCCCAUGACCCUGACUGACGGGAAGUGGCAUCACGUGUGUGUGACGUGGUCGACCCGGGACGGCAACUGGGAGGCCUACCAGGACGGAGUGAAGAAGGGUUCAGGACAAAACCUUUCCGCCUGGCACCCCAUCAAGCCGGGCGGGACCUUCAUCUUGGGGCAGGAGCAGGUAGACACGAUGGGAGGCCGUUUCGACGCCACCCAGUCCUUCAUGGGAGACAUAUCUGACCUCCAGUUCUGGUCCAGAGUCCUGACCGCCAACGAGAUCUACAGCCAGGCGAGCUGCGGAGGCCACCUCACCGGAGACGUCAUGUCCUGGUCGGAGGACACGGUGGAGCUCCACGGCGGGCUGUCCACAUACCCGUUUGACCCCUGCCACUGAGGGGCCGCAACCGGACCACAAUACCCAACCGCAGUUCCUCAGUUUGUCCUCUUUCUUAUCAAUCACACACUUUUGUCAGAACUCCUGGAUGGCCACAAGUGACAGUUUUGUCUUGGAUCAAAGACGGGAGAGUCAUUUAUUCAUCGCUUGAACUGGUUCUUCGUCAUGUUGGCCUGCAGUUUAAGGAUCGCUGGUAACAGACCCUCAGCAAGAACAAAGUCAGACCUUGGCAACAAGCAACAAACAGGAACCACUUUCACCUUUUUACAACUUUUUUUUUUUUUUUUUUUUUUUUUUGCCCUUCCUUUCCCAUCAUUUCUGCCUUCUCCACUUCUUCCCUCCAAGGAUCUCAGCAGGACUUUGAAGACUCUUAAGAGCACUGGGCUUUGGAUUUACCAGCGAGAUGGUCAUGAACGCUGUUACUCUGACGGGAUCCAGCACACGUAAUAGGAUUCCUUCCCUCAAAACGGGAAUUAGCGAGGCUGCACUAGCUUGUUUUGCUUUGUAUGCAAGCAACACAAACAUGGCAGGAGCUAAAACGGUGGCUCGAAAGGCACAAGAUAUGGACGAGUGUGUGGACUCGCAUUCAAGCACAUUGCUACGGUAUUGAUACUUGAACGUCUCCUUAUUUGUCUAUUAUUGUUGUUCCUGUAGGACUUUCCACAAGAGUCUAUGCUACCUUAACAACUCUACCUUGCACACAGAGAUUGUAGCAGCCUGUUUUCUACUGGCAUAUUGUUAAAAAAAAAAAUCCACAACUGACUUUAUGUAGGAAGUAAACAGAGGAGGAUGCUUCUGUGGCAACGAGAAACAUUGGAUUACAUAUGUUAUUCAUAAGAAAACAUUUUGUUAUACUCGAUAAUAAUGAAAAAAGUACUGCCGGUGGUCUUUGUUGAUGUGAUGCUAACUGUACGUAGCUGCACUUUAAAGUUUUUAAAGGACUGGGUAUCGGGUUUUAGUGUCUUUUUUUGGGCCAUUACAUCAGACAUGACACCUCAUGGCCAUGAGCCAAAUACAGGUGAACUGGCCCUCGACGUGUCACCACGGUAAUGCUGGCGUCUCCACAGCAACCGGAGGCUUACUGCAGGAUUUACCUGUCGAUAACUGAUCUAAUCCUUCCUAUUUCUGUGCUUGCACCGGCCGACCGAACGACCGAACGGCCGCCCACACAGCACAGGCAGGCACACACACACACAAACACACACAUGCACAUGCAUUCACACAUGCAUGGAGAAGAUAAGGAGGUGGUAAAAGUAACCCCGGUGGUCUUUGCUGAUGUCAUGCUAACUGUACGUAGCUGCACUUUAAAGUUUUUAUAAGAAAAGAAAGUCCCUUUUUUUGUACAUGUAAAUCUAUGACUACAUUGGAUAGCCUGUUUUUAAUUGCAAGGCACUGAUUUAUCAAGUAAUUUCUUGCUUUGUAAAUAAGUCAAUUUGUUAAAAAAUGUGCAACAAAUACCCUGCAGAGCUCAUUUCCCACCCUCUCCUGGUCCCUUGUUUGUUUGUAAAGCACACUGGGAGUAAAUUGUCGUAAUAUUUGUUUACUGUGUCCCUAAUUCCCCAGAGUUAAACUCGUCCCACCGCUUUGAACUCUCUAUAUCCGAUACGCCGAGUAUCUGUUGCCAUGGUGACAAAGCAGAUAUCUCGGCUGAAUGCGUCCCCUAGCCGCAGCACGGUCGCGUCACGUCUAGGAUAUGACACUCCAACUGUAAAUAUCCGUGAAAUGUCCCUUUAAACAAGGGUUAGGGUUGUACUUUUUUUUAAAAUUAUUAUUAUUAUUUUUAUUUUCCUAAGCUGACUGUAAUGCCAAGACGAGCAGCGCUUCCACACUAUGCUCCCGUUUCCUCCUCAUCACAGUGGGCCAAAUACACGACUUUUCACAAACCUUUCAUUUAUUUAUUUAUUUUCUUAUAUUCCUUCUGUCUGUGCUGCACAUACACACACACACACACACACACACACGGACGUUGGACAUGAAGGCAGAUCUGUCAAACUCAACAAACUACAGCACGACUUCACAGCAUCACCGACAUAAAAAAAAAAAAAAAAACUUGCUUAUUCUCGCCUUUGGUGUAAAUUUUAAACUUUAUAUUAAGAAAUAUCAGAUAGGUCAUUUUUCUGUCUGUUUGUUUGUUUGUUUAUAUAUUGUGUCUUGCGUUGUAAAUACAUGUAAGUUAUUUGUCUAUUCCAGUGUGUUCGGUCAGCAGCCAAAAACUGUAAAGUGAAUCGUAAAACUUGAAAGAGGAAGAAAAUGCACUACAAAAGCUGUUACAUAUUUGUAAAUAAGUCAAGAUUUUGAAUAAAAGUAUUGCAUAUUUUAUGAAUUCAA